CAAUUUUACUUUCAAUUUUGAGGCAAGUUUUGACUCACUGUCUAGCUGAACAUUACUGCAACACAUAGGCCUACUAGUCUAGCUAUAGAGUUGUUAACUGUUAAAACUCUGUGUAGUAGAUCUAGCUACAGCUUUUGUCAUUGUUGCAAUAAAGCAUACAUGCAUGCAGUCUAUACUACUACUUGCUACAGUGUCAGUUUUACCUAUAACUUAAUGAUUGGCCAGCAUCUAGACGAAUUAAGAUGCAUGGCUAAAAAUUAGUUAAGUUUCCACAUCGCACACUUCCAGGUCCCACAAUAAUCGCCAUGGUUCGCUCAUCACCACCAAACACUGUGAAAAUAAUCAAUGUCACCCCUGAAAGGAAACGACCUAAGAUAGCAGCCAUGGAGAAUGGUCCUGGACCAGCCAAAUACCUACUUCGUGGCAGCACUGGCCAUAACGAUCACAUAACCUCCAAAAGAAGGCUACCUGCCUAUUCAUUUGGUGUGAAGACUAAACAGUUCUCCACAAUGAGCACCAACUCUUUCAGCCCUGGGCCAGUUUACUUUGUGUCUUCAAGUGUGUCCAGGACUGGUACAGAAGGGACACCUAAGUAUUCACUACUAAGUCGGGCAAAGUCUCAUGAUAAACGUUGCUCUCCAGGGCCAGCUGCCUAUCACACCGAAAAGGUCAGUCCCCUGAAGCAGUCCCGUCCACCUCACUACUCAUUUGGUCUCAAGCCAGAGCUCCCAUUGUGGAAGUCCAGUGGAAACAAUCCUUCACCCAGCACAUACACUCUCCCCUCUCUGGUGGGUUCCAGCAUAGUUAGCAAGAGGUCCACACCAGCCUACUCUAUGACUGGGCGCUCGAAGAUUGGUAGCUUUCACGAGGACACUAAAAAGACUCCUGGGCCUGGUGCCUACUCCGUAGUGAACUCUCAGGUGUAUGGCCACAAGAGCCCAUCAUACAGCUUACACGAUCGAUGUUCUUUACCAGGGGACCACUCCAUGAAACCUGGACCAGGUGCUCAUAGUCCUGAAAAGAAUGAGUGUUACAAAAAAAACCCAGCGUAUUCAUUUGGCAUCAAACACUCUGAGUAUCUCGCCAACUUUUUGGAGAUUGUCACAUGACUUGAUACAUACUUAUCGCAGCAGCUCUCUUCACUUACAUUGUACAUUGUGCAAACAAACACUAUGUGAUAAUGGAGGCAGUUAUUUCAUGUACAUGACAAGUUUGUCAACCGCCCUCAUAAUUAUGUUUAGUUGCUGUAAUUAAUAUUAAUUUUGAUGUAUUAAACAAUGUUAACCUAGGAAUAAUAAUGAGUGAC